AUGGGUGUGAAGCUGCUUGAGUCCCGACUUUGUCUCCUGCUGCUGCUGGGAUUUGUCAUAAUGGUUGCCUCUUUCCAGAUCCCACCGGGUUUAACCCCUUCCCAGUGGUUUGAAAUUCAGCAUGUAAAUAAUAGAACCAAUCUCCGAUGCAAUCCUGAAAUGAGGGUAGUUAACGGAUACACAAGACGAUGCAAGAACAUAAAUACUUUUCUUAAUACAAGUUUUGCUGCUGUCGCUCGUGUGUGUGGCGAACCAAAUACUAAUUGCACUAGGAGUCCUGGUACAAAUUGUCAUAACAGUUCAGCUCCAGUAUCUUUAACAUACUGCAACCUUACAAGUCGAGGAAGUCAUUAUACACAAUGCCAAUACCAAAUGACGCCAGCAACGAUGUUCUACAGAGUGGCUUGUGACAAUAGCACCCCACAAGACAAUGGUUCCUAUGCAGUGGUUCCAGUUCACUUGGAUGAUAUAUAUUAG